AGUUCUUGUGAAUUUGUCACGUCUGAGGUUAUACGCUAACGUUAGCCAAAUCAGCUAGCUGACGUCGGCUAUCUAUUUUAAUCUAGCUGUUAUACUGCAGCAAUGUGAAAUAUCGGGCUUUUGCCGGGCACAAAGGGAAAUUGAGCCUCGCUGGAUUUUGCGAUUGGACGUCAGAUAGCAUAAAUGUGACUACCGGUAGUUGUUUUUUCCCGCGUAAGACUAUGUGGUAAUUAAUGUGUAUAUUUAAUGUUUUUGUUAAUUUUGGUAAAUUAUGAUGUGCCUUACCUCUAAUAUUAUUCGGCAACUUUGUUUACGUUUCAGGCCUCUGUCAAGGAGAUCAGGAGAGGGGAUGGACGAGCAGAAAUCAAACUGCGAAGAAAAUGACUCUGAACCGACAGCUGAUGACAGCGCCCCUAUGGAGCAGCCAAUCCCCUCAGAGGGGGAGUCAGAGGCCCCUCUGGCUGCAGAGGACAACUAUGAAACUGUUGCUGCCGCUUCCAGCAUAGUCCAGGAGAGCAGUGUAAGGGUCUGUGCUCUAUGUAACUGUGUGGAGCGCAGCCUGCACGGACAACGGGAACUCAGACAUUUUGGGCCAUUUUCCUCCCGGCCCACCCUGGAGCCCUCCGCUUCCUCACUGCCAGGGCCCGGGAACGAUGACCUGUCUUCCAUCGGAUUCUCAGACUCUGACGCAUCCUGUCUGGCAGCACUCUUUGAUGACACAGGAGGCUGCUGGGUGCAUCACUGGUGUGCGGUGUGGUCAGAGGGAGUGAAGCAGGUGGAGGAGGCUGAGGAGGAGCUGGAGAAUGUGGACAAGGCCGUCAUCUCAGGGACACAGCGGCUGUGUGAAUAUUGCAAGCGUCUGGGUGCUACCAUCCGCUGCCAUGCUGAGGGCUGCUCACGGUUCUACCACUUCCCCUGCUCUGCUGCCAGCGGCUCCUUUCAGUCCACGAAGCAGCUGGCUCUCCUCUGUCCAGAGCACGUGGACAAGGCUGAGGAGAUGGCGGGUGAGGAGGCGUGGUGCGCUGUCUGUGAUUCUGCGGGGGAGCUACUGAACCUGCUGUUCUGUACAGGCUGUGGGCAGCACUACCACGCCUCCUGUCUGGAGAUCAGCGCCACGCCCAUACAGAGAUCAGGGUGGCAGUGCCCAGAGUGUAAAGUGUGCCAGACAUGCAGGCAACCAGGGGAAGACUCCAUGAUGUUAGUAUGUGAUGCCUGUGAUAAGGGCUAUCACACCUUCUGUCUCCAGCCAGCCAUGACCUCUCUUCCCUCCGACACAUGGAAGUGCAGAAGGUGUCGGGUGUGUGUGGACUGUGGUGCUCAUGGUCUGACGCUGCCCGGCUCAACCCACUGGUUUGACAACUAUGCCGUGUGUGAGGGCUGCCAACGUACCCGCAGCUCUAUGUGUGGUGUCUGCAGCAAAGCCUCGGAACCACCAGUCAUGCUGCCGCGCUGCAUCAGCUGCCUCAGGUGGGUUCACAGUGGAUGCUCCUCUAUAUCAGAGCCACCUGAGGAAAAGUGUAUCUGUUCGCUCUGCCGAGACAGAGAGCCUCCGGCAGACCCUGUCACACAGACAGACAUGGUGGAAAUGCAGAUGACAGAGAACGACGGGUCUGAGGUGACGAUAGAAGGACAGACGGACACAUUGGCUGAGAUGACACUCCAGACAGAAGCGGCGGGUGAAGUUACGAUAGAAGGACAGACGGACGUGUCCAAGAUGACCGGGGUACAGACGAAGUCGGACGAGGAGGUGCCCAUGGAGCUGGGGACGGGGGCUGAAGUGGUAGAAACGGCAGGGGUAGAGGAGGGGCCUCAGCUGGGAACGGAGGAAGUCCCUGCAGAACAGCCCAUGGUCCAGGCUGAGGUUACAGAACAAUGUGAAACAACAGAACAACAGGAGGCUUCUAGUUUACCUGUGGCUGUUGUGGAUGAGAGGCCAGAGAAGGCUCCUAGCCCGCCACCCCAGGUCAGCCAUGUCCCUGUCCUUGAGUCUCCGGAGUCACCAGAACAGCAACCACCACAGUGGCCAGAGCCAGCAGCAGUAGUAGAGCUAGGCCCUGUGCACAGAAAGGAGAAGAAUGGGGAGAACCAGGAAGAGAAAGUCAAACCCUCAACACAGCAGCAGUCCAAACUGGAGGAGAAGAGAAGCAGUGAGGGCAUGUCUACCACCUCGCCAGAGUCACCAGCCCCUCCCAUCUCCACGCAAGAGGUGGAGCAUGUUUCCGUGGACACAGAUGAGGUGGGGCUAAAGGAGGAAGCUGCAAGGAACCCAAAGCAGGAGCGCUCAGGGUCUCCUCCUGCUCCACAUGCCGACACACAGGAGGCUGCUCCUUCUACUGUGGACAUGGAGGUCAGGGGUACUCACUCCGAGGAGGAGGAGGAGUUUGGAGAACAGGAGGAGCAGGGGAAGGAUGCAGACAGAGAGGGUCAACAUAGUCAUCACAGAAGGGUCAAGAUCAAGCAGGAACCCCAGGAGCAGAGGAAGCCUGAUCAGCUCCUCCUGGAUGAGAUGUCCAAUCAGAGCCAUCCGAGUCACGGGGACGAGAGCAGUUCUGGCUUCCUGGGCUCCCCGACCGAAGGGGAGGCAGAGCCCGAUGCACAGCUCUCCAUGGAGCUCAGCCUCAUACCCACCGAACGCUCGCGUUCCGACUCCCUGCUCACUGAGACGGACGAUUCGCUGCCCUUUGACCCCCUGAAACCAGACGGGGAGAAGAAGAGGAGAGGCUCGCCGGGACGCUCCAGGGUCAAACAGGGGCGGGGCAGCAGCAGUUUCCCGGGGAAGCGGCGGCCUCGUGGUGGUGGUGGUGGCGGCGGCGGUGGAAGGGGCCGUGGCGGUAGGAACCGCCUCAAAGCAAUGGCCUCCUGCAUCGACGCGUUCCUGCUGAGCAUGACAGCAGCAGACACUGGACUGAGUAAGGAGGAGGAGGAGGGGGAGGAAGAUGAGGCUAUGCAGAACACAGUGGUGCUCUUCUCAAACACUGAUAAAUUUGUCCUGCUUCAGGACAUGUGUGUGGUGUGUGGCAGUUUUGGGAAGGGUGUGGAGGGGCAGCUUCUGGCGUGUGCUCAGUGUGCCAGUUACCAUCCAUACUGUGUGAACAGCAAAAUGACUAAGAUGAUGCUGCGUAAGGGCUGGCGUUGUCUGGAAUGUAUCGUGUGUGAGGUGUGCGGCAAGGCCUCGGACCCGGCCCGCCUGCUGCUGUGUGACGACUGUGACGUCAGCUACCACACCUACUGCCUGGACCCACCCCUACACACUGUACCCAAGGGCGGGUGGAAGUGCAAAUGGUGUGUGUCCUGUAUGCAGUGUGGUGCCAGCAGCCCGGGGUUCCACUGUGAGUGGCAGAACAACUACACCCACUGUGGCCCCUGUGCCAGCCUGGUCACCUGCCCUGUCUGCAGGGAGAACUUCAUGGAGGAAGAGCUGCUGCUGCAGUGCCAACACUGUGACCGGUGGGUGCACGCUGUGUGUGAGAGUCUGUACACUGAGGACGAGGUGGAGCAGGCCUCUGAUGAGGGCUUUGCUUGCACAUCCUGCACUCCCUACGUCCCCAAACCCAUAGUAACGGUGGAUUCAACCUACAUGACAGCCAUGAAGAUCAAAGAACCAGAGCCUCAGUUCUACCGGUUGGAGGGGGUGUGGCUGACCGAGACGGGCAUGUCCCUGCUGCGAAGGAUUUCCAUGUCUCCCCUACACAAGAGACGGCAGCGGCGCUCUCGCCUGGGCAUGCUGUGUGGCGACGGAGGACCCGACAGCAUGGAGCUAAAGGACGGGGACGAGGGAAAAGGCUGUGGGGAGCCCAUGGAGUGUGAGCCAGGAGUUCUUGGUGUAAAACAGGAGCCUUCAGGGAGCCCAGACAGGGAGCUGGGAGCAGAGGGAGGUGCUGAGGGUAUGGAGGAAGGCCUCCUCAAAGGAGGAGUAGAGGAGACGGACGAGGGAAAGAAGAGGAAGAGGAAACCCUACAGACCAGGGAUCGGUGGCUUCAUGGUGCGUCAGAGAAAGUGUCACACACGGAUGAAGAAGGGUCUGUUCCCCCAUCUGUCUCAUCUGGCUGGAGACGGAACUGUUACGACAGACAGACCGAUAAGAGAGAAGCCUGCCCUAGAGGAAGGACCUCACCCAGACACACCUAUAGAGGGUGCCCCGGAGACUAAGCCAGCCGAGGGAGAAGGGGAGCAGGCCAAGAAACGACGAGGCAGGAAGAAGAGCAAACUGGAGGACAUGUUCCCAGCGUACCUGCAGGAAGCAUUCUUUGGGAAACAACUGAUGGACCUAAGUAAAAAGGCUCUCCUGGUUACCCCAGGACAGAGACAUCAUGGGGCCAUGGGUCUCCUACGUCCUCCACUGCCUCACGCACGGGGGGCCAGACCCACCGCUCCUGACACAGUGGAGGUCCGGGGGCGAGCGAUGGGGGCUGGGAUGCACCUGAAGCAGGAGGAGGGUGAGGGAUCACAGGCUCAGGUCGAGGGAUCAGUGCUGUCUUCAGCUGUCAAAGAUCAGGGCUCAACGGAUCCUCAAGGCUCCGAAAAGGAGAAAAAUGAAGGACUUCCUGAGGGCAUGGAGAGUCAGGACUCUGAGCAGUUCUUCAGGAAGGUCCUGGGGUCAUCAGAGGGAGUGUCUCUAGGAGGGUCCCUACAGAGCAGCAUGAGGCCCAUCCUAGAGGGAGGAAAGGGGGAGAUGAACUGCAGCAGUCUGCCACAGAGGAGCCUUCUCACAGGAUCCCUGCCCUCCGCUGGUAUGAUGGACUCCUUCCCUGGACUUUCUCAGUCUCCCUUCUUUGACAUGCGGGAAAGGGGUGGCCUGUUCAGUCCAGAUGGUGGAGAGGAGAGCCCGUGGGCCAACCCCUCCACCCCAGCCACCCCCUCCACCCCUCCUACCCCGACCGAUGCAGAUGGAGACGGGCUGUCCUAUAACCAGCGCAGCCUCCAGCGCUGGGAGAAGGACGAGGAGCUAGGAGAGAUGUCCACCAUCUCCCCUGUACUCUACGCAAACACAAACUUCCCCACUCUCAGACGGGACUACCCAGACUGGUCCAGUCGCUGUAAACAGAUCAUGAAGAUCUGGAGGAAGAUUUCAGCUGCUGACAAGGUUCCUUUUCUGCAAAAGGCCAAAGACAACAGAGCAGCUCAGCGGAUCAACAAGGCACAGAAGCAGGCAGAGAGCCAGGUGUGUCGGCCCAUCAAGACAGAGGAUGAUGGUGGUGUUCGGGUCAAAGGUGAACGUCCAAGCCUGCACCUCCAGAUCCCGCCGCCCUCAGGUUCUGUCUCCAACCCCUCCCAGCCCAGCUCGGCAGAGAGCCCCUUCCCCUUCCACCCCGACUCGGGUUCCUCUUCCGUUUUCUUCCCCGACGGUCCUCUCAAGACCCCAAGCUCGGCAUCGGCAGAUAUGAGGACAGAUCCCUUUGCCAAGCAGCCUCCCCAGUCCCCCCACCCCUCUCACCACUCCCACCCCUCCACACCAUACUCCUCCCAUCAGGCCGCCUCCAGCCCCAUGCUGGGCCAGGCUUCUUCCUCAGGUUACCCCCAUCCUGGCCCGCAGGGCCCUCUUCAGGGACGGCCGGCCAGCCUCGGCCCCUUCGACAUGCACCCAGGGACUCCCCGGCGGGCCCAGCAGGUGGACCCAUUUUUCAGGCCACAACAACAGAUCCAGUGUCACCUGCCCCAGUCACAGCAGGGCUCUCAGGAGCACCUAGGCCCCCCAGAAAGCCCUCGGUCCAGGGGUGGAGGGCCUGGGGACUCCCCUCUCUUCUCCCCGCCCCACACCACCCACUAUGGAGACCCGUUCCGAGGCCAGCAGCAGGGGAUGGGGCGUCCAGAAUACGGUUCCUCCCCCUCCCAGGUGUCCUCGCCUUCUGGGAUGGGACAUGGGCAGUACAGGGCUGAUAUGAGCGGGGGACCCUCUCCCCGCUCYUCCUCCACGGGACGCCAGGACCUGAGUAACACGGGCUCCCCUGCAGGGAUGCUGGACUCUGGGGAUGGCUUGUUUAAGGCUCCCAUGACACCACGGAUGCACCAAGGAGAGGGUGGGGUGGUACUCCAUCCCGGAGCCUCACCCAACCACCCCUCUGAGGGCUACCGCCAGUCCCCUUCCACCCCGUUCCAGGACCCCUAUGCCCAGCCUCCCCUCACCCCAAGGCCAUUGUCUGGGGACAGCUGCUCCCCCCUCCCCCAGCAGAGGCACCCCCAGACUCAGCAGGAGUCCUGCCCCAGGGUCCCCUCCAGCCCCCAGUCACAAGGCAGCUCCCAGUCCCCCCUCACUCCUGGAGCCCUCUCCAACGAUGCAUUCUCUGUCCAGUCCCCGGCAUCCAACUCGCGCUUCCAGUCGCCUGACCCCUACUCCCAGCCCCCCCCGUGCCCCCAGUCCAGGGACCCCUUUUCUGCUUUGCACAAGCCCCCCCGGCCCACCUCUGCUGCUCCCGAGGGCACCCCCAGUUUUAGAGGCUCACCUCACCCCAACCAGCCUCUUUCACUCACCCCGUCCUCCACCCCUGUCGGGGACCCUCUCUCUGGGAAGCCCUCUGGGUUCAGCCGGGGCCCCAACAUGGCCUAUCAGAUGGCCCAGCAACAGCAACAACUCCUCCAGCAGCAGCAGCAGCAGCAGCAGCAGCAGCAGCAGCAGCAGCAGCAACAACAGCAGCUCCAGCAGCAGCAACAGCCCCAGACUCAGGCCAUGGGUGCCAACUUCCACUCCAGGAUGCCUCCCCAGCAGGACCCCACAGCCCCCCAACCCCCGGAUGCACCUCAACCCCAGGGGACUAUGUCCGGCGCCCAGGAGAUGCCUGACAUGUCAGCGGUUCAAGAUCCUUCACUACUGGACCUCAGCCCCUCUGAGCUGGAGAAGCAGAGACAGCGACAGAAACUGAGGGAGUUGUUGAUCCGACAGCAGAUGCAGCGAAACUCAAUCCGGCAAGAGAAAGAGGCUGCAGCAGCCAGCAGUGCUGCCCCCUGUUGGCCUGGAGGAGACAUGGCAGCCUAUCAGCACGACAAAGCCCGCCGUGCUCCACCACCCUACCCACAGGACCGUGCUGCUGCUGGUGGCCAGGCAACAUUGGCAGGGAAGAUGGAUUGUGGCCGUUUGCCACCCCCAGGAACCCCUGCUAUGAUGGACCCCAACCAGCUCAGACAACCAGGGCCACCCAACCACCAAGGCAUGUAUGGUCGUCCUCAGUUCCCUGGGCAGUGGCAGCAGGGCCCAGGUCCCCGUCACUUCCCUCAGCCUGGCAUGGAGGGUGUGGGCCCCAGGCACCACCUCAACGCUCCCCUCAACAUCCAGCAGGCCAUGCAGCAGGGUAUGGCUAACCCCCGUGGCCUGGUGCCUGGCCCUGGAGGGGAACCCAUGCAGCCAGGCAUGGACCCCGGAGGACCCCCACCACAGUUCAUCGAGCUAAGGCACAACUCCCAGAGGCUGCCCCUGGGGCCCCAGAUUCCCCAACGAGGGCCCCAGCAACGGCCCUGCCUCUACAUCCCCCAGCAGCAGGAAAUGGCCCCCAGCCAGUUUGUUCAGCAUCCAGUGCCUCAGGGUAUGGACCCUCAGACAGAUGGGGUCAGAGACUCACGGCUGGGGCUACAGCAGGGUAGUAUGGGUCUAUUAAUGCCACAGCAGAGCACUGGCUCUUCGCAGCAGCAACAACAACCCCAUCUCCAAUCCCAGACAGGCACUCCUCAGACCCCGAACACUCUCAGCUCUCACUCUGGGCAGCAGCACCAGACCUCCACAGAGACCCAGGCUGGAGCUCCAGGGGAAUCUAGUGUUGAUCUUCCCGAGCACGACCUGGAGGACCCGUUUGCCCCCAAAGGGCUAGGAGAUGCCCCCGGGGAUGGAGGAGUGGAAGAUGAGGAUGACCUGGCUCUGGAUCUAGACCCUGAUAAGGGUGACGAUGACCUGGGUAAUCUUGACAACCUGGAAACCACAGACCCGCACCUAGAUGACUUACUCAACAGUGACGAGUUUGACCUGCUGGCUUAUACGGACCCCGAGCUGGACCAAGGGGACCCCAAGGAUGUGUUCUCGGACCAGCUGCGGUUGGUGGAAGCAGAGGGUGAAACUCCAGGUACCUCUGGGGCUCAGGACAACAAAGUGGAACAGAAACCAAAAGUUGAGCAAAACCUAACACCAAACACAGGGGGUUCCAUGUCCUCCUCAACUCUCCAUCCUUCCUCCUCUGAGUCUGCCGGCAUCUCCAGGAUAAAGCUGGAGCCAGGCCAAGCUGUGGUGAAGGAUGAGAUGGGAGAUGCUGUCUCCAUGCUCCUUCAAACAAACAAACCCUCCACUCAACCAGAGAACCAGGGUGCUUCACUGAGCUCCGUGCGGUUAGGAGGGCUCCCAUACCCUCUGCCGGGUCCGGCUGAUUCAUUAUCCUCCCUGGGGGAGGACCCCCUGGAGCUGCCCGACGGAGGGGGACAGCACUCCCCUGCCGUGGAUCUAGACAAAGUCGAGAGCUCCCUUGAAGCCAGCGAGCUUCCCUUGCUGAUCCAGGACCUGCUGGAGCACGAGAAGAAGGAGCUGCAGAAACAGCAGCAACAGCAGCAGCUCAGCUCCCUCCACCAGGGGGUGAUGGGAGGCCACCCCAACCCCCAGGGGGGUCCUGGACAUAUCAUGCUGCCCCAGCACCACUGCCCCUCACCCCAGAGCAUGAUGGGACUGCCAGGUAUGGUGCCACGCCCUCCACACCUUUUGCAGCAGCAAAGGCUCAUGGGACAACCCGGGAUAGCGCCGCAGCACAUGGCUGCCAUGGCUCAGCAACAAGGAGUGAUGAGGGUUGGGCAGCCAGGAGGCAUUCACCCAGGACUCAACCCUCAGCCGCAGCAGAUGGUCAAACAGUCAGCUCUGGCUAAUAACUUCUUCCCUGAUAAAGAUCUAGACAAGUUUGUGACGGACGACAUCAUGGAUCCCAUCGCCAAGGCGAAGAUGGUGGCACUGAAGGGCAUCAAGAGAGUUUUGGCACAGGACCCAAUGGGGGUUCCCUCUGGCAUCAACAGGCAACAGGUCUCUCUGUUGGCCCAGAGACUAGCUUCAGCACCAGGAACAGGAGACACUCAGGGUCAACUCACAUCUGGCCCAUCUAAGGAAGGGGAAUGCAGUGACCCAACACAAUCAAGACCCAACCCUCCCCAGUUUGUACAAGGGAUCAUCAACGAUGCAGAGCAGCACCAGUAUGAAGAGUGGCUCCUGCACACCCAGCAGCUGCUGCAGAUGCAGCUGAAGUUCCUGGAGGAGCAGAUCGGAGCUCACCGCAAGUCCCGCAAGGCUCUGUGUGCCAAGCAGCGCACUGCCAAGAAGGCAGGCCGCGAGUUCGCCGAGGCUGAUGCAGAGAAGCUCAAGCUGGUCACUGAGGAGCAAAGCAAGAUCCAGAAACAGCUGGACCAGGUACGAAAGCAGCAGAAGGAACACACCAACCUGAUUGCAGAGUACAGAAGCAAGCAGCAGCAGCACCAGCAGUGCUCUGGUCUCCUGGCCCCAGGGCCCUCUACCCAGGGACCCCACAGUCUCUCCAAGAUGCCUGGGCAGAUGAUGGGCCAGCAAGGGGCUCCUGUGAUGAGCCAACCUCCAGGAAUCCCGCCCCAGGGAGGUAUGCCCGUCAGAAUACCCCCACAGGGGCAGCAGUUCCUAGGAGGAGGCCAGCACCUUGSAACUCUGGGAGUUAGACCCCCUGGUCCUCCUGGUGGUCCACCUGCAGCGUUCUUCCCCCAGGGUCCAGGAGGAGUCCAAGGAGCAGACCCAAGACUUCUCCAGGAGAGACAACACAGGAUGCAGAUGAUUCAGAAAUUACAACAGCAGCAGCAACAACAGGCGAUGAUGCAAGGCCAGCAGCCCAUACUACAUCCAGGUGGCCAAGCAGGUAUGUUGCCACAAUCACAGCCAGGCAUCAUGGGUAACCCUCUGAUGGGUCAACAACCAAACCUCCAACAGGGAAUGAUGCCCAACCAGGCCAUGUUGCCCCAGGUUACAGUACCAGGCCAGGCUGUGCCCCAGCCACCUCAGACCCUGAUGGGAGGGCAGCCUAUGAACCAGCCUUUAGGCAUGACGGGGGCCCAGACAGGUAUACAGCAGCAACAGAGACCUCAGGUCAUGAUGGGUGAGCAGGGAGUAGUGGGAUCCCCUCAGCUCCACGGACUCAGAGGACCUGGCCAGGCCCAGCUCACACCUCAACAACAACAAAUCCUGGCUCAGCGCAUGUUGGCGCAGCAGCAACUGAAGCUACAGCAGCAGCAACAAGUGGCACAACAACAGCUCAUUCAACCACCACCACAGGGCUUCAUCAGCCAACCCAACCAGUCUCAAGACUCCCAUGGAGGACUCUCUCAACCUGCCACCCCAGGUCAAAUGGGCUCUUCUCCAGCUUCAGCAGGGGGGAGCACUCGUGUCACCCCUCAACCAGCUGAGGGGCUGCAGCAGGGGGAGGGUGGCAUUCUUAGUCCUAUCUCUAGGACCCCUCCACAGCAGGGUGGACCUGGACCUUCAAUCCUGGGCCAGAUGACCCAACCAGGGGCUUCUGGAGAGCAACAGGCAGCAGUAGGACAACAGCAGCAGUACAUGGCCCAGCAGCAGCAGCAACCGGCAUUACAGCAACAACAACAACCUCCUCAAAAUACUCAAGCUGGACUUCAACAGCAAGCAGUUUACCAACAGGCUGGCAUGCACCCCCAAGUACAACAGCAGCAGCAACAGCAGCUUCAUCAACAAACCUCUCUACAGCGACAGAGUUCCCUCAAUGCUGAUCCCUCAAAGUCUGGUUUGGUCACCGUCAAGCAGGAAGGACAGCAGAUGUGUUUCAUGGCCCAACAACAGCAACAACAACAGCAACAACGACAACAACAAUUACAACAACAUAAUCUUAUGCAGAAAGCCCAAGACACAAUUGGACAACAGCAACAACAACAUGACAGUAUGGGCCAGAUGCAGAAUGUGAUAGGUCAACAGAACCACCCUGGUCAGCCUCAGCCUGUCCCUGGUAUGCCAGGCCACCCUAGUCCCCAGCAACAGGCCCUCAUGGCACAGCAGGCCCAGCAGCAGAAGCAGCAGGCCAUGAUGGGCAUGCUUAGAGCCCAGCAGCAGGUCAUGAUGCCUGGCCAGAGGCCUGGAGGUCCACCUGGUCAGAUACGCACACCAGUCAACAUCCAGGCUAUCAUAGCCCAGAACCCCCAGCUCCGACACCUCACCCCCAACCAGCAGAUCCAGCACAUCCAGGCCAUGGUCCAACAGCGCCAGCUCCAACUGCAGCAACAACAACCGGGCCAGAUGAUGAGGCUCCAGGUGUGUCAGGGACAGUCAGGGCAGAUGAGGCCCCAGGGGCCCCCUGGUCUAGGGCAGCAGGUGGGACAGGUCCAGAGAAUGCCUGGAGGUCUGGAGGCCCAGCAGAUGCACUAUGGAGGAGCUCUGGGGAAACCAGGGGGAUUGGGCUCCCCGCAACAACCAGGGAUGAUAGCCCCCGGCCAACCACCGGGCGUGGUGACUCCUCAGAUGCAGCAGCAAGGGAUCAUGGGACCUGUAGUCCAACAGCAGCAGCCAGGAGCCUCGCCUCAGUACGCCUUGAGUGUCCAACAGCAGCAGAUGAUGCAGCAACAGGCCCAACAACACCAGAUGAGAGGCCAGCUGCCCAUGACUCGCUCCCCCGUGGGUCAGGUACGUGGUGGGCCCCCCCAAGGCUGCCAGAUCAGGCCCAUGUCUCCCCAUCAGCCCCUGGCCAACUCCCCAGGAGACCCCCAGCGGCAUGCCAUGACACAGGGUUUGGGGAUGCGUCAACCCAACCCAAACCAAGUCAUGCAACACCAGCAACAACAGCUCCACAUGGCUCAAAAACGCUUCCAGGGCUCUCCCUCCCACGCAGGCUCCCCUGCAGGAUCCUCAAUCCAGAAACAGGAAGCAGGCAUGAGCCCAGCUACCCCAGGCACGCCACACUCCACCCACGUUGCCUCUCCGUCUGUAACCGACGGGGCAGCUGGGAAAGGUAGUCCUUACAGUCAGAUAAAGCCCUCUCCUCUCAGGUCGCCUGGAGCAUCCAAGAGUCCCCUGGACUACCCUGGGCUUAAGGCCGAAAGUGGCGACACAACCCAGAGCCAAGUCCCCCCGAAUAGGCUUUCGCCUCAGAAGGGUGAGAGUGGACCGAAGAGCCAACAGCAUCCACAACAGUGCUCAGUGAACCAGGGUGGUCCUCAACCUCCACCAGGCUCCAGAGAGGGAACUCUAUGUAAGAUGACCCUACAGAACAUCAAACAGGAGCCCAGGGAGUUGACCUGUGACGGGGAAGGAAGUAGUGGUCCUCACUCUGGGGCCAUCAAAAGGGAGGUGACUGGGGAGCCGGUUGGAGGGUUUGGUAACAAUGGUCCUGGACUAGGAGGGGACCCUGGAGCCCACGUCCCCAGGACUGAGACAGGACAACAGCUACUGCAGAAGCUCCUGAGGACCAAGAAUCUGCAGCUGGCCGCUCAGAGGCCCUCUGACGGCAUCCACAACGAGAUAAACGGACACAUCAACAGCAAGCUGGCCAUGCUGGAGCAGAAACUACAGGGGACUCCACGCAAUAUGGAGGAUCUGCAGUCCAUCACAAAGAGGGCUCCUGUUGCCAAGGCAAAGCGGUCCAACAAGCCUGGAGAACGAGCGCCCCAGUCCCGUAAGAAGAAGAAAGAGGAGGUUGGGAAGAGCACUGAGGCCCUGAUGAAACAACUGAAACAGGGUCUUUCUCUCCUUCCCCUGAUGGAGCCCUCCAUCACUGCCAGUCUGGACCUGUUCGCCCCCUUCGGCAGCAGCCCAGCCAACGGCAAGGCCCAGCUCAAGGGCUCCUUUGGAAAUGCGUUACUGGGCAACAUCCCAGACUACUACUCUCAGCUGCUCACCAAGAGUAACCUUAGUAAUCCACCGACACCCCCGUCUUCCCUGCCCCCCACACCACCCCCCUCGGUGCAGCACAAAUUGCUCAACGGGGCUACAGCUGUGGAGGAGCUGACUGAGGAACAGGAAACAGAGAACACAGAGGACACUAUGGAUUCUGUGACUGAGGAGGUGAAGAGUGUGGAUAUUUUAGCAGCGCUCCCCACCCCACCUCACAACCAGAACGAGGACAUCAGGAUGGAAAGUGAUGAGGACAGYGGUCCAGAUAGUAUCGUCCCAGCAUCCUCUCCUGAGUGUGACUUAGGUGACGAGGCGCUACGCUUCCCUCGCUUCCGAGAACCCAAAGAGGAGGAGACGGAGAGAACCAUCUCCCCUACCAUACCACUCAUCCCCCGCACUGCCAUCCCUGUGUUUCCAGAGAACAAGCCGUUUGAAGCAGCUGAUGGCAAGGCGGUGUCUACAACCAACCCCUGGGACAAAGCCAAGAGCAACGAGGUUGCUGUGACCUUAUCACUGUCCUCCGCUGCAGCCAAGAAUCUGAACCAUGUGAUGGUGGUGGUGGCUCAGCUGCUGCACAUACGGAUGCCUGGUUCCUAUGAGGUAGCUUUCUCUCCCAGCCCAGGCAGGGCAGGAGCCUCRGGACCAGGGAAAGAACCCGUACAACCAGGUGCCCUGUGUGUGAAGACUGGUGGUAUAGAAGGUAGUUCACCCAGCCAGAAUGCAGAGUGGCUGAGACAGUUUGAUAUUUCUCUGCCAGGCUGCACUCUGAAGAAACAGGUGGACAUCCUCUCACUCAUCAAACAGGAGUUGCCGGAGCAGGAGGACAAACCGGUUCAGCACUGUUAUACAACUAACGUGUCUGACCUGGAUGUACGCCACCUUCCCGUCAUCCCUGUUGAAGACUCUCCGCCCUCCUCUCCUUCUCCUCCACCUCCUGCCCCUGCUCUUACUAGUGAGCCUGAGACUGAGCCUCCAACCCAGCCAGCUUCCCCCUCCACCACCCAGCCAGCCUCCCCCUCCACCACCCAGCCAGCCUAUCCCUCUCAGCCAGCAUCUCCCUCUCAAGCUCCCUCCAGCCAUGCUCAGACCACCAUUCAGGUCAAAACAGAGCCUGCCACCACCACCAUUCAGGUCAAAACAGAGCCUUCCACCACCACUGUUCAGAUCAAAAUGGAGCCUGAUGCUGAGGCCAUCCUUCCUCCUCCUGAUGCUAGUGGUGAGGCAGACUAUGAUGCCAAGCCUGCUGACCAGCCAGCCCCCCAGCCCCAGGACAUCCCCACCUCCCCAACCCCUAGCCUGGAGGUGAUCUCCCCCAAGGUCAAACACCGUAGCAGGCCCCUCUCUCCCGACCCUGAGGAGAUGGUGGUCCGGCCCAAGGUGAAAAAGUGGAAGGGCCUCCGCUGGAAGCGUCUCCAGAUCGUCAUCACCAUCCGUAAAGGAGGCUCCAAGAAGGAGAGCAGCCGCGGGGUCUCAGAGCUCAUGGAGCGUCUCCGCAUCACCCUGAGGCCUGACAAGCUGCCCCGGGACAAACGCAAGUGCUGCUUCUGCCACGAGGAGGGCGAUGGCGCCACGGACGGCCCCGCCAGGCUCCUCAACAUCGAUGUGGACCUGUGGGUUCAUCUCAACUGCGCCCUGUGGAGCACGGAGGUGUACGAGACGCAGGGAGGCGCGCUGAUGAAUGUAGAAAUGGCGUUGAGGCGCGGUCUCCGCACCCGCUGUGCCUGCUGCCAGAAGACUGGUGCUACCAACAGCUGCAACCGCCUGCGCUGCCCCAACGUAUACCACUUCACCUGCGGCAUCCGGGCCCGCUGCAUGUUCUUCAGGGACAAGACCAUGCUGUGCACCCAACACAAACUGAAAGGACCCAGCGAGGAGGAGCUGACGGGCUUUGCCGUGUUCCGACGCGUUUACAUCGAGAGAGACGAGGUCAAGCAGAUCGCCAGUAUCUUACAACGCGGCGACCGCAUCCACCUGUUCCGCGUUGGGGGCCUCAUCUUCCACGCCGUAGGUCAGCUGCUGCCAUCUCAGAUGCAAGCCUUCCACUCCCCGACCGCCAUCUUCCCUGUGGGCUUUGAGGCUACCAGGAUCUACUGGAGCACACGGGUGCCUAACCGCCGGUGUCGRUAUCGUUGUCGUAUCAGCGAGAUGGAGGGAAGGCCGCUGUUCGAGGUACGGGUGCUGGAGCAUGGACAGGAGGACCUGCACUACCGCGACACCAGCCCAGAAGGUAUCUGGGACAGAGUGGUUCAGUCUGUAGCUAAGCUGAGAGAAGAGUCUGCCAUGCUGAAACUGUUUACUGAUCACGUGAAGGCAGAGGAGAUGUACGGCCUCACUGUCCACGCCGUGCUGCGCAUCACUGAGUCGUUGCCUGGAGUGGAGAACUGCCAGAACUAUGUGUUCCGUUAUGGUCGCCACCCUCUGAUGGAGCUGCCCCUCAUGAUCAACCCCACUGGCUGCGCCCGCUCCGAACCCAAGAUCCUCACACACUGCAAGAGGCCUCACACCCUGAACAGUACGUCCAUGUCCAAGGCCUACCAGAGCACCUUCACCGGCGAGAUCAACACCCCCUACAGCAAGCAGUUUGUCCACUCCAAGUCCUCCCAGUACCGGCGUCUGAAGACAGAGUGGAAGAAUAAUGUCUAUCUGGCCCGGUCCCAAAUCCAGGGCCUGGGGCUGUACGCUGCCAAGGACCUGGACAAACACACCAUGGUCAUCGAGUAUAUAGGAACCAUCAUCCGCAACGAGGUGGCCAACCGCCGCGAGAAGAUCUAUGAGGAACAGAACCGUGGGAUCUACAUGUUCCGCACCAACAACGAGCAUGUGAUCGAUGCCACUCUGACCGGCGGCCCUGCUCGCUAUGUCAACCACUCCUGUGCGCCCAACUGUGUUGCCGAGGUGGUGACGUUUGACAAAGAGGACAAGAUCAUCAUCAUCUCCAGUCGCAGGAUUCCCAAGGGAGAAGAGCUGACGUACGACUAUCAGUUUGACUUUGAGGACGAUCAGCACAAGAUCCCUUGCCACUGCGGAGCCUGGAAUUGCCGAAAGUGGAUGAACUAAACUAACUGGGAGAAAUGGAGAGGAAAAAAAUAUGGAUGGAAUGAGAGAGUUCCUCCUUUCUCCCGGGUGCCAGAACACUACUGCGCCAAAGCCUUUAGAAUAUUACUACUACUACUACUACCCAGUUCAUAAGCUGUUUGUAAGCUGUUCMUAAGCUGACGAACGAGGAGGGAAACUGACCUCCAAAACAAUAAAAGACUCAGACGUUUGCAUUCACACCUGUAGCCAAAGGUUUGAAGAGCAUUAUGGAUAUAAAAGCAAACAAACCACCUCUAUUGACAUCCAACUGAAUGAUGGGACAGUCUUUUUGUGGAUGAACUGUGUCCUCUGCCAAAAGCAACUCUUUCCUCUACCUACUGCUCGCCCUUCAGUAACUAUGGAUGGAAUACAAUCCUCUCCACAUCUACCAAAUGUUCAGAUUCUAUGUGAUAUCAAUACUCUUAGGGCAGACCUUACCUUGAGCUUUGAAGAAAGAAGACAUUUUAAGUACUAAGAAAUAACUAAUGCAUUUUGUUUUUAAAGGCAGACCUAUCCUCCUCCUGCMCCCCCCYCYCCCCCUUCCUACCCCCAAGGAAAAUACAAGUUCCCAUCGUCAUUGGUGAAGAUUGACUUCCCAACGUGGAUAUUAUUGGCUAGCUAGACAAUCCUGAAGACAGUGGCUCUGAGUAGAGAAUAACUAUGUAUCGUUGAGAGGCAGAAGAGAAAGAUGUCAGAUACUAUAAAAGUUGACCUGUGGCUCCAGAGGCACCAGACAGAAAGACAGGUGUUUUAUUAUUGUUCUGACUGACUAAAGGAGUUUAAAGGUGGGUUAGUUGGAUCCUCAGUCUACCUCAUUAAUCUAGUGGGAAGUGACUGCUUACUUUGUAUAAAUACUGUUAACUGCUACUUGUGGAGGGGGGAGAGAAUGUUGUUUUCAUUAGGCUAAUAGUAUAUAGCCUUCUCGGACAAGCAGGGAAACUUUAACUAACACCAGGUUUGUUCUCUGUUCUAUGCUGAUGAUCAUUUUACAAUAAUGAGCCAACAAUCCUAUUAUUAAUUAAUGAUGUAUACAGACAGAAUGAAUUAUAUGAUCGUUUAUUGGUUAAGCCAUCGCAUUAAUAUCAAUCACAAGCUUAACAGGUGUCUUUAAAUGACUCCUGAUCAUCCUGGAUUUUAUGUAUCGACUUUUAUUGUUUUUCCAUUCUCUGCGUGUGGGAAUUGACACAAUAACAGUCACCCAUGUGUUGCUGAGGACUGAGAGGGAGAGAUAGGUGUGAAUGAUUGUUGCUUACACAGCUUCAGUAUGUAAAGUGAAGCAGGAUCACACCGCUAAUUGAACAAGUCUUUGGCAAGACGAUCAAGUCCAACUAAUGAGUGAAGGAAAUGUAAUGUACGCUUGCUGCUUAAUGCCUUUAAGUCACACAUUAAGCAGAAAGCUUGCUGGUAAUGAUGCAAGACUACUAUCCCAUUUGUUUUUCACCUUUUAGUCCUUCAAAUCCCAUCUGCAUUUUGAUCUUUUCUUUUCUCGAAUGACAUCAAUCAUGAAUCUAGCCUCUUCCUCUCUUUAUCAUGUAGUGGACUGUUGUAAACUUUACUGUAGUGGGUCUUUCUCUGCCUGGCCCUGCCUGUCUAACCACACCACAGCUAGGUGUAUUUAUAAAGGUCCCUGUAUUGUGGUUUUCUAGUGGUAGUACGGUGUUCUAUACUGGAGGCUUGAAGAAAUGGCAGGGGAAGACUUGUUUAAAAAAAAAAAAGGGCAUUUUUCUUUUUUUAUGAAAGUAAAUAAAUCUGUAAAGAAAGUGUGUGGGGGUUCUGAAGUCUCCAUGACGACGUCUCCCUUCUACUUGUACUCCUCUACCUUGACCUCACGUAAGAAAAAUGCAAAAGUGUACAAACUGUAUAUUAUAUACUAUAGGGGGCAACAAACUAUCAACCCCUUUUUAAUCAAUAAAAAUCUAAAAUUGUAGAGAAAUAAAGUUGAUUUAAAAAAUCUACCACUGGAUAUCAUUUUAUGAGAUUAAGCUGUGUGUAUGUAUAUAUAUAAAUAUAAAUAGCGAACUAUGUAAUAUCUAUGUAUAUGAACCAGUGUUUUUGCAUUUACCUGUUUUUCUAUUAGCGUUUUUUGCUAUAAGAUGUCAGUUUCUUAAAAUAGGUAUGUGGACACGGCUGGUCUUCUCCAAUGACUUGGACGAGAAGCCACUGGGUCGAGAAAGUUGAUCCAUUAUGGAAAGUUAUGAUUAUUACAUGAGAAAUCACUUCCUGUGUAAAAGGAGUACAACGGUGCAUUUAGUUUUUAUUUAUGCUACUGCUUGUCGUUUUACCAAAACCUAUCUAUACCUUGGUCAUCAUUGGAUUUAAAAUUAAAUGGAAAAUCUUACUCUUCCUUGACUGAGAUAUUAGUUAUUAAAUAUGAUUGGUGUUUUAUUUUUAUCUUCCCUAUAGAAGUGAAUGUGUUUGUAUAUCUUGUGAAAACUGCUACUCGGCCUGUAUGUCAUGACUAAAUAUUCAAAGUGAACCCCSUACUUCCAUACCUGAGAAUGAAUUGCACUCUCAAUAGUAAAUUAAUGGAGUAAUUCUCUAAAAGUUGUAUGAGGCAGUGAUUGCUAUUUUYUUCUUGGUAUGUUUAUAUUUCAAGGAAAGACCAUGAGACAUUUUGCCGCUCACUGGAUUUCAGCCUAAAUAAUUUCUUGAAUAUCUUAUGAUUUAAAUAAAGAUUGCAAAAAAAUGUUUUUUACCUAACCUUUUUAAAAAUGUUUGUUACAGCAGCGCUUUUAGGGAAUAUAAACAAAAGAAGUUUGUGGCAUGUUUUGUAUGACUAUAAUUUUGAAUUGUAAUUUUGUUUUGACGACGGCAGAGGUUGCAUCUCUCAAUACAGCUUUCCCCAUUUCUUUCUCUGCUUUUUUUUUCUUGUAAAGGAAAAUAAAAUGCAUUUGAAAUAUAA